AGUUUCGUUUAGUACAGGCAUCUGUGUUUCUGGAAGAUAAUGGCCCCUAAAACGAGUGGUAAAGCAGUCAAGAAGGCUGGUAAAGCCCAGAAAAAUGUCGCUAAGACCGACAAGAAGAAGAAGCGUAAGAGGAAGGAAAGCUACGCUAUCUACAUCUACAAAGUCUUGAAACAGGUUCAUCCUGAUACUGGAGUCUCCAGCAAGGCAAUGAGCAUCAUGAACAGCUUCGUUAACGAUCUCUUCGAACGUAUUGCCGCUGAAUCUUCCCGUUUGGCUCAUUACAACAAGAGAUCCACCAUCACAUCUCGGGAGAUCCAGACUGCUGUCAGGCUUAUUCUUCCUGGUGAACUCGCCAAGCACGCAGUCUCUGAGGGUACAAAGGCUGUGACCAAAUAUACAAGUUCAAAAUAAU